AUGUCUGACAACAAGCGGACAAUGCAACAACUACUAGAAAUUACCCGCUAUUUGAACGUCGAUCUUAAUUCUCAACAAAUUCAAAGCGUCGACAAGAUGAAGAACCAAACAAUAGAAAAGGGUAUGCUUCAUACCCUCGAUAUCGAGAACUUCAAAUCAUACAAAGGAAAACAUGUGAUUGGACCGUUUUCCCGUUUCACUGCCAUCAUUGGACCCAAUGGAUCCGGAAAAUCGAAUUUGAUGGAUGCCAUUUCAUUUGUUCUUGGAGAACGCGCAUCCAGUCUUCGGGUUAAGAAACUAUCGGAUUUGAUUCAUGGUGCCCCGAUUAAUAAGCCAGUCUCCAAAAGUUGUUACGUUACGAUGAAUUACAAAUACGUCGAUGGUCAUAUGAAGGCAUUCACGAGAGGUGUACAUAAUGGAACAUCAGAAUUUCGAAUAGACGGAAAGAAUGUUACUGUCCAGCAGUACAAUCAAGAAAUGGAGUCCAUCAACAUUUUCAUCAAAGCCAAAAAUUUUCUUGUGUACCAGGGUGCGAUUGAAUCAAUUGCAAUGAAAAAUCCAAAAGAGCGAACGCAAUUGUUCGAGGAAUUGUCGAGAUCUCAAGAGUUUCAACACGAAUAUGAGCGAUUGAAGCUGGAAAUGACGAAAGCUGAAGAUGAUACGCAGACGAAUAUGAAUAAACGGCGAGGAAUUGCGCAAGAGAAGCGAGAAGCUAAAAUGGAGAAAGACGAAGCUGAGAAAUAUCAGAAAAUGAAAGAUAGUGUGGCUGAAAAACAGAAACUUCUGUAUUUGCAUCAGCUAUUUCACGUUGAAAGAAUUAUCUCGACCGCCAAAAAGGAGUUGGACGAGAGAAAAACUGAAAUUGGCGGAUUGGAAAUUCGAAAGAAUUCAGAAGACAUGAAACUCUCAAAAGCGCAGAGUGAUUUGAAAAAAGCGCAAAAAGAAUAUCACAAGAUUGACAAGAAAAUUGCCGAUAAGGAGAAAGAAAUUACGCAUCAGAGGCCGCUGGCGGUUCAAGCGAAAGUCGAGGUUCAGCAUCACGCGAAAAAACUUGAAACUGCCAAAAAAAUGCUGGAAACCGCGCAAGCGAUGGCGGAGAAUAGCAAAAAGACGCUUGACGAUCUUGUUCAACGAAAAACGGUUGUUGAAAACGAGAAAAAAGUUUAUGAAUUGGAAAUUGCUGAGAUGUCUCAACAACAAGACCUGAAUCUCUCAAAUGAACAGGUGAAUGAAUACAAUGAUCUCAAGAGACAAGCAAUCAUGGAAUCGGGACGAAUCGACUUCGAACUAAUUUCGGCAAGACAAGUUCUCGAAACUGAGCGCAGCAAUUUGAAUCAUGAGGAGAGACGAAGGAUUGAGCAUGAGCAAAGGGUAAACACCAAGUCUAGUGAAGUUGAUAGGGUUGAGAAGCAGAUCAAAAGUCUUCAUGCAAAAAUUGCUGAAACUGAGGUUUCUUUGAGAGAUAAACGCGACGGACUUGUUCAUAUUGAGAAACAAGUAACUUCUUCAAAAACGCGUUCUUCAGAGCUUAAUAAAGAAUUGAUCGAUAUUCAACGGAAGCUAUCGGAAGCUUCCGGUGAUUCUGCUGAAGGAGAGCGAAAUUUGAAGCGGAAUGAAGCGAUUGACAACUUGAGGCGAGUAUUUCCUGACAGGAUUUUUGGACGUCUCGUUGAUCUUUGCCAACCAUCACACAAACGAUUCCAAUUGGCGAUCACCAAAAUUCUUCAGAAACACAUGAUGAGUAUUGUAUGUGAUACUGAAGAAACUGCCAAAGAUGCGAUCGCUUAUUUAAAGGAACAACGCUAUCAGCCUGAGACGUUCCUUCCGGCCGAUACCCUUGAUGUUCAACCGAUUAGCGAGAAAUUGCGAGAUUUGAAAAAGCCUGCUGGUGUCAAGCUUGUAUUUGAUGUUAUUAAUGUUAGCAAUCAAGCUGCUAGAAAGGCUCUUCAAUUUGCGUGUGGAAAUGCAUUACUCUGCGAACAUCAGGAAGACGCGAAACAGCUAGCUUAUGGAGGAAGUAUCCUUCCAGAUCGGUAUAAGGCUGUCGCGAUGGAUGGAACCUUAUUUCAACAAUCCGGAGUAAUGUCUGGAGGAUCGGCUGAUCUUCGACAGAAGGCGAAGAAGUGGGACGACAAGGUUGUUAGAGGACUCCGUGAGACGAAGAACAAACUCAUUGAAGAGAUAACCAAUUUGAGCAAAAACCGCCGAAAAGAGCUCGAUGUCGAAGUUGAGAGGAACAAAAUUGCGGAAAUUGAGCACCGCCUUGUUCAUAUGCAAAAUGAAGUUAGACGAUUGGAGAAUGAUGUUCUUGCUCGUCUCAACAAUGAGCUCGAAGGAUAUAAAGCGGAGCUUGAUAUGUUGCCGCCGAGGAUUGCUGAUCUUCAGGAGCGUGUUAAGAAAGCCGAAGACGUUGUCAAAGAUUUGGAGCAGAAGAACAAUGCUGUCGCUGAUAAGAUUUUUGCGCAAUUUUGUGCCAAAAUUGGAAUCCGCAACAUUCGUGAAUAUGAAGAUCGAGAGUUGCGAAUCCGUCAGGAAACUGAGGAUAAACUGCGCGAGUUUGAGGAUGAGAUCCAAAAGCUGAAAUAUGAAAUCGAUUAUGUGCAAUCGGAAGAUGGCGGGAAGAAAGUGAAAGCUGAAAAGGAGAAAGUCUCGCGGCUAGAGAAGGAAUUCAAAGAGUUGAAAAAGAGGGAGAAGACUGAAGAAACGACGUUGGCGAAUUUAGAAAGCUCAUUUGAAGACGAAAAGGAAAAACUUGCCGAAAAGAAGGAAAUUGUACAAAAACUUGAAAUCGAGGUCAACGAGCUCAAAAAAGCGGCGCUAGCUGUUGCCCGUGAUGUGUCGGCAGCUGAGAAAGCACUGAUUGGUCUUGAGGGAAUUGUGACACGAAAGCAGUACGAGCGGCAUUCGCUUCUUCAUUCCGCUAAAAUUAAUCAGAUCCCACUGCCACUUCUUGUUGGAAGUAUGGCCGAUAUUGAUUACGACGAUGACGACGAUGAUUAUGAUGAUGAUGAGCCGAGUCAGUCUUCUUCUCAAGAUGGUCCGUCAGUUUCUCAGGAGCAGAUUCAGAGAGAAUCCCAUAUUAAAGUUAACUAUGCGAUAUUGCCGGACGAUUUUCAAUCGAUCGAAGAUGAAGACAAUGUGAAAAAGGCGACGGAUCGAUUGAAUAAGGAAAUUUCCGAGCAGCAAGCGAUGAUUUCGCGAUUGAAUGCACCGAAUCUAAAGGCGAAUCAAAGAAUGGAAGAAGUCAAAGAACGAGAAGCUGAAUCGACGGAAGAACUCGAAAAUGCACGGCGAAAAGCGAAGAAGAUUCGGCAACAAUUUGAAAGGAUAAAAACCGAACGCUAUCGACGAUUCCAGGAGUUUUUCGAUCCUGUUAGCAAUGCAAUUGACGAUAUCUAUAAGCAACUUUCCCGUAAUUCUAGUGCUCAAGCCUUCUUAGGAGCUGAUAAUAUGGAGGAGCCAUAUUUAGACGGAAUUCAGUACAAUUGUGUUGCGCCGGGAAAACGAUUCCGACCAAUGGACAAUCUCUCCGGUGGUGAGAAGACGAUUGCGGCUCUUGCUCUUCUGUUCGCCGUGCACGGCAGAAAUCCGGCGCCGUUCUUCGUUUUGGAUGAGAUUGACGCUGCUCUCGAUAACACGAACAUUGGCAAAGUUGCUUCUUAUAUUUGCGAGACGGCGCGCGAGGAGAUGCAGAUUAUUGUCAUUUCACUUAAAGAAGAAUUUUAUAACAAGGCGGACGCACUUGUCGGAAUUUAUCAGCAGCCGGCGGCUUGUACCACAUCUGGCGUGCUCACGUUUGAUCUGACGAAAUUCAAGCAAAGCGGAAUCAACGAGAUGACUGAAAAUGUGCCGCCGCCGCCACAAGCAUGA